AACAAGAUGGCAUGGACUUAAAGGCAGAUUUUGAAACACAUUUUGGAAUUGCUCACACUCGCUGGGCAACCCAUGGAGUGCCCAAUGCAGUGAAUAGUCACCCUCAGAGAUCGGAUAAAAGGAAUGAGUUUGUAGUUAUCCAUAAUGGAAUCAUCACAAACUAUAAGGACCUGAGGAAAUUUCUGGAGACCAAAGGCUAUGAGUUUGAAUCUGAAACUGACACUGAAACCAUCCCAAAGCUGGUCAAAUACAUGUAUGAUAACAGAGAGACUGAAGAUAUCAGCUUUUCAGCCUUGGUAGAGAGAGUUAUUCAACAACUGGAAGGUGCUUUCGCAUUGGUUUUCAAGAGCAUCCAUUACCCAGGUGAAGCUGUUGCCACCAGGCGAGGGAGUCCUCUACUCAUUGGAGUUCGCAGCAAAUACAAGCUUUCCACUGAACAGAUUCCUAUCUUGUAUAGGACAUGCAACAUUGAGAAUGUGAAGAACAUAUGCAAGACCCGAAUGAAAAGACUGGAUAGUUCUACCUGCCUUCAUGCUAUUGGAGAUAAAGCAGUAGAAUUUUUCUUUGCUUCUGAUGCAAGUGCUAUCAUUGAACACACCAACAGAGUAAUUUUCCUAGAAGAUGAUGACAUUGCAGCAGUGGCUGAUGGGAAACUUUCUAUCCAUCGGCUAAAACGUUCAGCUAGUGAUGACCCCUCUCGAGCCAUCCAGACCUUGCAGAUGGAAUUGCAGCAAAUCAUGAAAGGUAACUUCAGUGCAUUCAUGCAGAAGGAAAUCUUUGAACAACCAGAAUCUGUUGUCAAUACCAUGAGAGGCAGGAUGAAUUUUGCGACCAAAACAGUUCUGUUGGGUGGUCUGAAGGACCACUUGAAAGAAAUCAGAAGAUGCCGACGACUGAUCAUUAUUGGCUGUGGGACCAGCUAUCAUGCUGCAGUAGCUACCCGACAGAUGUUGGAAGAGUUGACAGAGCUGCCUGUGAUGGUGGAACUUGCUAGUGACUUUCUGGAUAGAAACACUCCUGUAUUCAGGGAUGAUGUGUGCUUUUUUAUAAGUCAGUCAGGAGAAACUGCAGAUACGCUUAUGGCCUUGCGGUAUUGUAAGGAUCGUGGGGCUCUGACGGUUGGCAUUACAAACACCGUGGGAAGCUCAAUAUCCAGGGAGACUGACUGUGGUGUGCAUAUCAAUGCAGGCCCUGAAAUAGGAGUGGCAAGCACAAAGGCUUACACCAGCCAGUUCAUCUCUCUUGUAAUGUUUGGCCUCAUGAUGUCCGAAGACAGAAUUUCUUUGCAGACUAGGAGACAGGAGAUCAUCAGUGGGCUGCAAACGUUACCUGAGAUGAUUAAAGAAGUCUUGUCCUUGGAUGAGAAGAUACAUGACUUGGCCCUUGAACUGUACAAACAGAGAUCGCUCUUGGUUAUGGGGCGUGGCUAUAACUAUGCCACUUGCCUGGAAGGAGCAUUGAAAAUCAAGGAGAUCACGUACAUGCACUCCGAAGGUAUCCUGGCUGGUGAAUUAAAGCAUGGACCACUGGCCCUUGUAGAUAAACAUAUGCCUGUUAUCAUGGUAAUUAUGAAGGAUCCCUGCUUCACCAAGUGCCAGAAUGCACUGCAACAGGUCAUUGCUCGACAGGGUCGCCCAAUUAUUCUGUCUUCUAGAGAAGAUACUGAAAGUUCAAAAUUUGCAUACAAAACUAUUGAGCUGCCACACACAGUUGACUGUCUCCAAGGCGUCUUGAGUGUUAUUCCCCUACAGCUGCUUUCAUUCCACCUGGCUGUUCUUAGAGGAUAUGAUGUGGACUUUCCAAGAAAUCUGGCCAAAUCUGUGACUGUGGAAUAAACAACCCACAAUAGUGUG